GCACUAUUUUUGUAGCAAGGUGCCUUCUUGUGGUGAAGCGUCUAGAUACGACAAAGCUGCACAGAGCCAGCCUGUUGAAUAUAGUUAGCUAGCUCGCUUAUUUAGGGUAAAAGAGGACAUAUCGUUUUAAAUACCUGACAAGUAACGUUACACUUUUUGAAUGCCAUUUGACUGAAGAAAUACUCGUCAAACUGUUCGCCUAAACAGAGACAUUAAGCUAGCUAGUAAAGCAUAGGUCACAAAACCUUGUUUCACUAUGUUGAGAUUGAGCUUCAGAAGGGAGAAAGACAAGGAGUUUAAGCAUAUAGCUCAUGGUUUGAUCCCCGCCGCCUCCAUUGCUCCCAAGCCUGCUGUGCCUCGUACCCCGCCCCCACGCAGCCCAGACCCCUCACCUGAGAGACCCAGAUCCGCCUUAGCAGCAGCCAUCUUGUCUUCUUCGCUCACUGGACAGACAUGGGCCAUCCCCCCAGUGUGGCCAAGGUCUUUGUCUGAGAGUGGCCAAUCAGAGUCCUUCAUAUCUGAACCAAACAUCAGCACCGAACCUUUCCUCAGAGAUAGAUGGUCAGAAGAUGCGGCUAGCCGACCACGCCUGUCCUCCCCUGACCACUCAGAGGAGGAGUUAGAAGACAAGGAAGAAGAGGAGGUGGAGAGUGAAGAGGACAGGGAAGAACCUGUUUACCAAACUCUUGACAGACCGGAGAAUUGUUCAAUCACAGAACCUGUCUAUUCCCUGCCACUAAAAGCUAAGACCAGUACACCCCAUCUGAAUCAGAUUUCUGGCAAAAGAGGGCCUUCUCCAGAUUUCCCUGAGGAAACCAGUGUCCAGUCUCCUGAAGCCAGCGGUGCUUCUUCCAAGAAGAAAGCCUCUGUCAGGAAAAGCCGUGGAAGUUGGAGAGAAGAUGUGCAAUCCCAACUAUCUAUCCUAACCACCGAUCAACCAAGCCAAGCCAAAAACCCUAAACAACCCACCCAGCUGUCUCCAGAGCCCAGCAGGGCAUGCAGUGAGGCGCAGAGGGACGUAUUGUGGGCCCCGCCAGAGAAGAGUACAAGGAUGGUAGAGGAACAAAAGUUACCGGAGGAGAGACUGCAACGGCUGGAACAGGAGAUCAGUCACAGCCAAGCCUCCUCAAACCUGGGGUUGUCUGCAGGCAGCCAGGCAGAGCUACUGAAUUUGAGGCAACAUGCUCAGGAGCUAGUGGAUGAAAAUGAUGCUCUCAAACUGACAGUGCACCGUCUAAAUGUGGAGCUGAGCCGUUACCAAACCCACUUCAGACCACUGUCCAAACAGGAGAGCUCCAGAGUCAAUGGCUUACCAAAGACGGGGUCUCCUCCUCCCUGGCUGCUUGACAUGAAGUAUUUAUCUCCUUUGUUGCUGGCCUAUGAAGACAGGAUAAACGAGAAAGAUGCACUUCUGCAAACCACUGAGGAAGAGGUGAAGAGAUCGCGUGUUUGUGUAGAGGAGGUGAUCAAAGAAAAUGAGAGACUCCAUGAUGAAAUUGCAAAGGCCGGAGGCAUCAGCCAAAAGAACUGUCAUCAACUACAACAACAGGCCCUUCUGGUUUUGCAGGAGAACCAGGUCCUGAUUGAUCAGCUUGAGGCUCAGCAUGUUAAGGCCAAGGCCAGCCACAGCAGACACUGUUCUGAAGUUUCCCAGCUGUCUAAACAACUGAUGUUGUUAGAGGCGGAAAAGCAGCGUUUGCUGGAGGACCUGGAAGAGAGCAGGACGGAGGUGCAGAAAAAUAGGAGGGAGUUACAAGUCUUGCAGGCCCACCUGAAGGAUGCCAUCACCUGGGAUGAACACUGCAAUGUUUCUGGGAAACUCAGACGGGAACUGGAACAGCAGGAGAGUAGGAAUAAGAGUGAGAUGGACGAGUUGCAUCUCAGACUGUCCAGCCUGCAAGAGGAGAAUAGGAGUCUAGCUCUGGAAAAAGCCAACCUGACGGCUGAUAUAAGGAGAAUGGAGGCUGAGCAGGAGCUCACCAAACAAGCCAACAGGAAGGCUGAGAGGAGGGUGAGUGUAUUGAAGAGACAGAAGGAAGAGUGUGUGCUGAAAGAGGAAAAAACUCGGCAUUACAUGGGAGCUGUCAUAUCUGUGGCGGAGCACAUUUCCCAGGAGAGAGACCAACUAAUACAGAUGAUCAGUAACCCCCAGUCUUCCCUCUCUACCUCCCCAGGCAUCAGUUCUUCAGCAGGAAAAGCAGAGAUUCGUCAGCAGGAUUCUAAAUGGCACGGUUCAAUUCGGAAAACUACAGGAAGCAGUCAAAGUGUACCGAAAGCAGGCGUCAACCAGACUGGCAGUGUUGGAGGAGGCAGCGGAGGGGAGGACAGCUUCUUACCAGAGGGAGAUUCUUCACCUGCAGAGGCUGCUACGAGAAAGACAGGAGGCUGAGGAGAGACUGCUGCAAUCCAAACGGGAAGUGGAGGAAGAGUUGGAGGUGGUGUGGCAGGCAGCAACCAGGGAGAACCAGCAGAUGAGGGAGACUCUUUUGGACUCAGGCCUCAGUGCGGACCUCCACAGUCGGGCCAUUGCUC